GUUGGAUUCUAGGCAUGAACACGGUGACCUCAUAGGGGUGGAGCUCCGGGACUCUGCAGGGGUGGCAGCCACGGCCAGGUAGCUCCUUCCUCGGUCCUGGUGGCUUCAGCCCUCCCUCGGAGGCACCUUCCCCGCACACUUGUGCAGCCCAUCUCUGCUUCUGCUUCGAUGGAGCCCAAAGACCUCCCCGGGAAAGAGAACUUGGGUACCAAGAAAAAGAACCUGUUAUUCUUGCGGCCCAGACUGUACAUGCUGGAGAGGAGGAAGACGGACACCGCGGUGGAGGGUGCCGUGUCUGAGGACCACGCCGGGGUCCUGAGGAGGAGCCAGUCGGACAGGACCGAGUACAGCCAGAAAUUACAAGAGAAGAUGAGCCCACAGGCCGAGGGGCCCGCAGCUGCCAGCCCGACCCCGGAGGAAGAGCUCCAGAUGGGCAGUAUGAUGGCCAAGCGCGCAGAAGUCAUCAAAGAGCUGAUCCAGACGGAGAGGGACUAUGCCAACGACCUGGAGCUGUGCCUGAGGGAGGUGGUUCGGCCCCUGAGAGACAAGGAGAUCGAAAGGCUGGACGUGCACAGCUUGUUCAGCAACAUGGAGUCCGUGCACCACCUAUCAGCCAAGCUGCUGUCCUUGCUGGAAGAAGCCACAGCCGACGUGGACCCAGCCAUGCAAGUCAUAGGAGAGGUGUUCUUGCAGAUUAAAGGGCCACUGGAAGACAUUUAUAAAAUCUACUGCUAUCAGCACGACGAAGCACAAAGCUUGCUGGAGUCCUAUGAGAAGGAGGAGGAGCUGAAGCAACACUGGGGCCCCUGUCUCCAGUCUCUGAAGAAAAUAUACAUGCAAGAGGGCCGGCCCGCCCUGCUGGACAUGGGCUCCCUGCUCAUCAAGCCGGUGCAGCGCCUGCUGAAGUACCCGCUGCUGCUGGCGCUCCAACCCUGCACACCAAGGAGGCCGAUGCAGGAGGGUCACGGCUCUUCUGAGAAGAGCAGUGCGCUUCUUUGUGGAGUAACCGUUCUCAAAUACAAGAAGAACGACGAGGAUGAAUCGCUCAAGGACAAAUUAUCUAAACUAAAUAUCCACUCGAUAAGCAAGAAAUCAAAAAGAGUGACAAAUCAUCUAAAGAUUCUGACCCGAGGAGAUUCACAGGUGAAAGAUAAUACCUUUAACAAAGAAGAAAAACUAUUCAGAUCGUUAGAAAAAACUGUGAGGCAGUGUGUGAAGAACAUCUCAUUCUGUCUUCAAGACAUACAGGACGCCCUGCCCUUUGCUCUGCAGAGGGUGACAGAGCUCCAGGAGAUGUCACAGCACCCAGACCAGGAAGAGCUGGGCUCUGAGGAGACCCCAAGGAUUGCCCCAGACCUCUGCCAUGACUUUGCUGUUCAGCUCCAGAGACACGUCCUGAACCCGCUAUCUGCUCUACUGUCCUUGUUCCCAGGACCGCAGAAACUCAUCCAGAAGCGUUAUGACAAACUGCUGGAUUACAACAGCUACCUGCAGCAGUCUGAGAGAGCAGAGUCGGACCUGGCCAAAAAGGAAUACGAGGCUCUCAAUGCCCAGCUUGUUGAGGAGCUGCAGGCCUUCAACCAGGCGGCUCAGACCAUUCUGAUGAACUGUCUGUGCAGCUUCGUCAGCCUCCUCAGGGACUUGAUGCUCGAGGCCCAGCAGGGCUACGCCACCAUCCUGCCAGUGCCACGGUUGGUUUCAAGCCUGUGUGAGAUUCAGAAUCAAAUACUAGUAAAAGUUCAAAAUCUGAAUUUUGUAAAGGAGAACAGUGCCACCUUUAUUGAGAGGAAACUUAGUUUUGAAAAGAAGAAGUCUGUACAGACUCAGCCAGAAGUGCCUCGACAGACCGACACUCACCGCUCCCAACUCCUGUCCACAUACAGUGCGGAGGGGCUCUACCAAGCUAAGCGCAAGUGCAAUGCUACCCAGGAGUAUGACAUCAAUCUUCUAGAGGGGGAGUUAGUGGCUGUGGUGGAGCAGAAGGAUCCCCUAGGGAGUACAAGCAGGUGGCUUGUUGAUACCGGAAUUGUUAAAGGAUAUGUAUAUUCCUCCUUCCUGAGACCCUACAAUCCAGCAAAAGCACAGAAGGCAGAAACGGAGAAUAGGCUCUGUGAUGAAGAUUUUGACAACAUCAGCUUCUUUGUGUGUUCGAGGCCAGGGAGUGACAGUGUCACGGGCACCCCAGAAGGCAGCAUCAGUGACAGCAGCUCGUCGCUGAGUGGCACUUGUGGGAAGUUUGAAACAAAGGGCUCCGAUAUUGACAGUUUCCAAGAGGUAGAUGAACAGAUUUUCUAUGCAGUUCACGCUUUCCAAGCACGAAGUAACUAUGAACUGAGCCUUCAGGAAUACCAGAGAGUCCAUAUCCUUAGAUUCUGCGAUCUGAGUGGCAAUAAAGAGUGGUGGCUAGCCGAAGCUCAUGGGCAACAGGGGUACGUGCCAGCUAACUACCUUGGGAAGAUGACUUAUGCGUAAGAGAAGCCUGAGGCCUUUAUUUCCUGGCAAGUUGCUGACGACCUCACAGGCCUGACAUUCUGAAACUCCCGACCAGAAAGCAAGAAACUUCCAAACUACAUGAGGUGAUACUGUAUCAGGUUUUUUGUUUUUCGUUUUUUGGUACCAGGGAUAGAACUCAGGACCUUGCACUUGUGAGGCAGGCAGCAGAACCACUGAGCUAAAUCCCCAGUCCUGUUUUAGGCUUGAAGGAACACCAUUCUGCGUAAUAGGGUUAUUUCCCAAAUGUAUUAUAAAUACUAAACUAACACACAGAGCAAAGCCAACACUGCAGGCUCCAACAGGAAACUACUUAAAAGUGUAGAGAUCUUUUGAAAGAGUGAAUGUUCUUUUAUUGUCAUGAAAGACUGGGUGUCAGAAUAAGGUUUUUCAGUUUACUAUAAAAAAAUUUCUUACUAUAUUGUCUUUGAUUUUCACUUGCACGUAAAUGUAGGGUUAUAUUCAUACAUCACGCAGUGUGUACUUGUGUGUCGUAUAGAUCAUACACAUAUAUCUGUGUACCAGAGCAUCUACUAAAUACACAUAAGAGUAGGCAUUGACAGUCAGCUAGAAGUCUUUGAUGUGGAGCUUCUUUAAAAUAAGCUGUGAAGCAAAGAAAAAAAGUGACAUGAUGCUAUCUAACACUGACAGAGGGCACGACAUGACAGACCCCACUUUGAGCACUUUAUAUGUAUUGUAGUCAUAUUUAAUGCAACCCACAGCCCAGAAAGAUGGAGCAACUCUGCCUGACUCACACUGCUAAUAAGUGGUAGGGCUGGGACGCAAGUCCAGGUGUUCCCUGGGUCCACGCUCCUGGCCGGGCCCUUUGCUUGUCCAGGCCUGCACACAUGUGUCACCUGCAAAGCACUUACGUGCAGAUCAUGGGCUGAAGUGGACCAUUUAUUUUACUCAUGCCCAUCUUAACUCAGUAUUUUUCAAAAUUAAAGGCUUUCAGGACUUCCAUUUUAGCCUAGAAAGAAACAAAUAUUUAAGUUUCAACCAUUUGGAAAAUAUAAUUAUUUAAAAACUAUGAUACAUGGUUGCUAGUGACACGUAAACGAGGAUCUGUCUUUGGCUCCCCCAUCACUGGGAUGAUGAAUGGGGAGUGUGUGUUCUGUGUUCUGAGCCAGUUGCUCACUUGGACCAAGGCGAGGCCUUUGGGACAACGUCUGCUGUCACAUGAUGUCCCAGGACACUGACCUCUGAUUUCAGGCAUAUUUUCUCAGGACACUUUAUUGAACUCAAAAUGGUUUUCUGCCACAGAAAAGAUUAAAUUAAAAUUGACUCUAGUGGUUUCUUUUCAAAUUAAUGUGGACUUUCAUUGUCCACAUAAUGGCUAAUACGGCAUUAAAUUUUAAAUGUCAUUCUAUUUGAUCCUAUUAUGAAUGAUGCUAUAUAUAU